AUGGAGACGUAUACGAGAAACUUGGAACGAAGCGUGGUGUUCUACGGGACCCGCGAGCAUCCCGCUGUUACCCAGAUCCUCAACAAUAUGGGUUUGAUUUCAAGAUCUCAAGGGCAUCUGGACGAGGCGUUCGCCUUCUACAAUGAAUCGCUCAGUUUAAGGGUCAAGAUCUACGGCACCCGCGAGCACCCCGAUGUUGCCAUGACCCUCAACAACAUGGGUACAGUGGCAAACGAUCAAGGACGCCUGGACGAGGCAAUUGCUUAUCACCGAGAAUCACUCGAUAUAAAGAUCAAAGUCUAUGGCACGCACGACCAUCCCUCUGUUGCUGGAACCCUCAUGAAUAUGGGUAAUGUUGCAAGUGCCCAAGGGCGCCUGGACGAAGCGCUCGCCUUCUAUCAAGAGUCCCUUGACGUUAAUGCCAAGAUCUACGGCACCCGCGAGCACCCCGAUAUUGCCAUGGCCCUCAACAACAUGGGCACCGCAGCAAAUGGCCUAGGACGCCUGAGCGAAGCACUCGCCUUCUACCAAGAAGCACUUGAGAUCAUGGCCAAGGUCUAUGGCACAUACGAACAUCCGUACGCUGCGCAGGCUCUUAUGAAUAUGGGUAGUGUGGCAUUGUCCCGGGGACAUCUGGACGAGGCAUUGGCCUUAUUCCAAGAAUCGCUUGAUAUCUCUGUCAAGGUUUACGGCACCCGCGAGCACCCUGAUGUUGCCUUAGCCCUCGGAAACAUGGGUCGUGUGGCAAGACUUCAAGGAUACGCGGACGAGGCAAUUGCCUUCUAUCAAGAGUCACUCGGUAUCAACGUCAAAGUCCAUGGCACACAUGACCAUCCCGGCAUUGCCCAGAUCCUCAACAGCAUGGGCUUGCUGGCCAGCGACCAAGGACGCUUAGACGAGGCACUCGCCUUCUUCCAAGAAGCACUUGGCAUCUAUGUCAAGAUAUAUGGUACUCGCGAGCAUCCCGAUGUAGCCUCGGCCCUGAACAAUAUGGGAUUGGUUGCAUAUCAGGAUGGGCGUCCAGACGAGGCGCUCGCCUUCUACCAGGAAGCCCUCGAUAUCAAGACUAGGAUCCUUGGCACUCGCGAACAUCCCGAUGUUGCACGGAUUCUCGGCAAUAUGGGCAACGCGGCGAGAUCCCUAGGACACUGGGACGAGGCAUCUGCCUUCUACCAACAGGUCCUCGAAAUCAAGGUGAAGAUCUACGGCACCCGCGAGCAUCCCGAUGUUGCAUCGACAUUAACCAAUAUCGGCAUCCUUGCUGAGGAUCGAGGGGAUGUCGUGGUGGCUCUCGGACACUUCCGCGAGGCCCAUGCCAUAUACAAGAGCGUGUUUGGUCGCGACGACCAUCCUUUGGUCAUAAGAGCGUCGCGAGAGGUUUCUCGAAUUGAGGGCCAGGUGGAGUAG